CAAGAUGCUGUCAUCAUACAAUACGCACAACUGAAUAAUAUAGAAAAGAAGACAGAGACAAAUUAUCAAUAAUUAUUUAGUCAACAAUGGCUAAUAGAAAUUUAUUUUGAAUUUAAUUUUGAUCUUAUGUCAAAUAUUAGUUAGAUUUUUUGUGUGUUUUUAUUUCUAAAAAUAAAAUGGAUUUCAAAUUUAGACUUUUAAUCUUCGUACUGCAACUGCACAUCGCUGUAUCGUACAAAUCAUACAAAUUCAACAAAUUGUGCACAUCCAGCAAAUUUAAAGCGCUCAUAGACACUAUCCUUGACGACAAGCCGAAUGUGGAACUGGAAACGUCAAAUGAUUUAUCGGCAGCUGUAAUUUCUCAGCGUUGGGAUGACAAAACCUAUAAAUCAGUCGAAUAUUGCGACUUUAAGGUGAUCGCGAAAACGUCCCGUCAUGAAGCUUCGCGUGGAAUUUUCGCCUCAAUUCGUGGAAUGAAUUUACGGCGGAAAGGUCCUAAUGAGUGCAUCGACUAUGUGGCGUUUGAAGUGGGCAGUGGAAUAGUUCAAAAAAGUCCAAAAAUGUGCGGCACAAUGGAUGAUGACGAAGUGUAUGAUGUGAGCAAUUUCUUCGAAGCACCAGGCGGUACUAUGAAAGUUAUUAUUUACAUAAGUCGGUAUGUGACAUUAGAGGCUGGUAAGGAGCUUGGUAUUGAGUUGAGUUUUACAUCGUACGACGAUUGUAGCAGGAAUACCUUGGAAUGUCAACCGAACAAGUGCAUUGCCAAUAUUUUCGAAAAUGACACGGUUUUAAAUUGCCCGCCGCCCGGUUGCCUAGACGAACCUUCACUGGCUGAACACUGUAAGGUCAAACCAAUUUAUCAAGCACCCAGUUCACAUGUCCUUGCUAUCAGUGCAUUGACAUCGUUGUUUAUGGUCAUGUUUGGUAUCGUGACGUGCUGGUAUUGCUUCAAAUUUCGACAUUGUUGGAAUGACAAUCAGACCAAUAAUCCAAAUGCUAGCAGUCGUUCAGCGACGUCGAGACCUGAUAUGGAAUUCCAGACGAUUCGCAUACCUGCUACUCCGGAAUUAGCAUCAGGUGCACCGCCAUUAGACGACGAUAAUCCUCCCAGUUACGAUUCGCUUUUCAGAGAUAGGAAAGUAUUGUGAUUGGACGGGGAAGGUGAGAAAGUAUUUAAAGUAAGUGUUGAGAAUUUGUGGUUGCGAUAUUUUAUAAUGAAAGAAUGAAUCGUUGCAUUGGAUGUGUAGUUAGAAAUUUAAAUAAUUUAAACCGUCAAUUAUACCUGUAAGUAAAUGAAGUGAACGCGAAGCUAUUGAUCCACAAUAUGACACUCUAUUGUGUCUAUUCUAUCAACUUUUUGCGGUUUAUUAUCGUAUGGUGUAGAUAUAGUCUUCAUAGCCGCCUGCAUAAUUCAAAGACUUUCCGGUUUUUAUUUUAUUUCAAUCUUCAUCGACAAUUUAUCAAUUAUUUCCGAUGUAAAAAUAGAACUGUGCUGCCAAAUAGUCAUAAUUGUUACGACAAUAAUUUUACUCGAAAGGCAAACAUGUUUUUCAAAUACAAAUUUGAAUUGUUAAGAGGCCAGGCUGAUUUAUUUAUGAAUUCUAACGAAUUCGGAAAAAAAUUAUUUUAAAAUCAUAAAAGUCGUUGUAUGCGUCAUAAUUGACCACUUACAUUCUCAACACGAUGCAUACGUAGAGCAAAUCAAAUUCUUCUAUACCGAGAGUCAACAUUCGUUCUACGACUUUUAUUUUGAAGUCCUGAGAGGAUCCUAUCGAAUGUUGGCAUAGUAUAUCUCGACCGACAUCGUAGAAAACUCAAAUUAAUGUCAAAAUAAAGGUCCCAAAAUGACAAGUAAAAGUAACGGUUUUGUUUGAAGGCCGUCGUGCCAGACGAAAAUUUGAAAACCUGAGUCCUGAGUUGUCUGGCACAAUGGUCAAUUUAGCAUAUGCUUCAAACUGCGGCCUAAUGAGCCGAUGUACAUGUGUGCGUCCUCGGUCUAUUUGAAUGAAAAAUUGUAAAUUGUUAUUGUAAAGUUAUCGAAGAAUAAAUACAGCGUCUCGAACGGAUUGUUGUAUAGUAAAUCUGAAAACAUUGUUACAUUUACAAAGUAAUAGAUUUAGUAUUGAAGAGCGCGAGAAGUAAAAUGUGUGUCAUAUUUGUAGUGCUUCAUUUCUCGUU